GGGCACUCCAAUAAAAGAAUUGCCUUCAUCCAUUGGAUACCUCACUCCUGCGCUUAAAGAGUUAUUUUUGUCGCAAUGCACAAAACUUAUGCGUCUCCCUAGUAGCAUUCAUCAGUUGCAAAAUCUAAAGGUGCUAACUUGUCUCAGUGACUGUAUUAAUGGAUGCUGCAAGGACCUGAUGCGUCUCCCAAUCAGCGUUUCUCACUCGCAACAUCUAAAGUGUCUUUCUCUAGAAAAUUUUACAAAUCUUGCAAAAGAAGAAAUAGGUCUAUCCAUUGGGUACUCCACGUGUCUUAAUCCUUCACAAAUAACAUUAUCUAGAACGAUUAAGAGGUCUGAACCAGAAUCAAGUACUGAAUUACGACGACAACUCUUGUCGUCGCUUUAUUGGUAUCUUGACGACUUCUCUAUUUAUAACACAUCCACUUUGCAAGAGUUUGAUCUAUCUUGGAGUGCUGUUGUCAGCCUUCCUUCGACAAUGAAAAUAUAUGUUGAAUUGAGGAUUCUCAGAUUGUGCCAUUGUGAGAAACUUCAAGAAAUUCUAUAUCUUCCACCAAAUAUACAAGAGCUAUAUGUCAGAGAGUGUUUCUCCUUGGAACGAUUCCCAGAAGUAUCAAGAAAAUUUCAAUUCUAUACAUCCUGUGGCUUGCGAGAGCUAAGAUGGAUUGACUUGUCCGGUUGCCAUAAAUUGGUAGCAAAUAUAGGGAGUCAAGUGCCAAAUCCUUCAUUUGUUGAGGAACAUAUUCAAGACCAUUCAUGUGGUAUUAUAUUUCUAGGGAAUAAGAUUCCUGAUUGGUUUAGCCAUACUAAGGAGAUUUCAAAUGGUGAUGAUUCUUGUGAAUUGGAUAUUAGUGGUCCCUUGUAUUUGGAAGAAAUCAUAGGUAUUGUUUUUUGUGCUGUUCUUGGAUCCGACCCGGAUUACCCGUUGGGGCCCUUCUCCGGUAUUUGUGUUUCUAUAAAUGGUAACAUGCUUGUAAAAGCGACGUUUUGCUUAUAUGGAGGCUCGGAUCAUGUAUAUCUAAAUUACUCGUUUGCAGAAUGCAUCGAGCAAUUGCUGCGGUACCCAACAGAAGACAACCUGAGGUUUAGAUUUUAUUGUGAUUCUUAUAAAGUGAUGUUUAAAAGUUGCGGAGUUCACAUAAUCUAUAAGCAUGCAGAGAAUGAGAAUUUAACAGUUGGGGAGUGCUCAGUAGAUUCAUCGAAUGGUAUCCAGCUUUCUAAGAGACGUCGAGAUAAUGAAGACAGCAACUUGGAAUUCAAUGGGUAUCCACAACACAAGAGACGCUCUCAAGACUAGGGCAAUUCAAAUGCAAAAUAGUUAGGCUCGCCACAAUCGUAUUCUUGCAAGCCAUCUCACGCACAAAUCACACCAUCUUCUUCCUUCGAUUGGAGUGGAAUCCUCCGCGAACUUGUUCCCUGUCCGGGCUUUCAGGAACAACAAGAUCUCUACUUCAAGGGAGUCUCGUCACCAACCAAUUACCCUUCAACUCUCGAGCAAAUACCCCAGUUAAACUAUGAUACUGGGCAUUAUAAUGGCCUAAAUUGAAUUGGACAU